UUAAAAACCCAUUCAAAGGAUCAAAUAUAACAAACAAGGAGAAGUAUCAUGCAUAUUUUCCAACUUAAAACCACGAAAAAGGCCGAUGUCAUCAUCGAACUCAGUCUACAAACAUAUGUAAGCGCUUGGCAGCCUAAAGUUGAUGACCACUGACCAGUUACUGUGACGUCAUGAAAACGUAUUUCCGCGGUGUCGACUGUGUUAUGCUCCAAAACGAAAAUCAUGGAAUUGAGGGGACAGAAAAGAAAGCUUGAUGACGAUCUUACAGAGGAAAGGUGCAAGAAGGCCAAAAUUGAUAAAAACCUUCCACGGGACGAGUGCGCUUUUCAGCCGCCAUUUUUUUGGUCUACUUUGUUCAGCCCCAGAGCCCGCUCAUUCAAACUGCGCAGGAGCAGGACCAAUUUUUCAGUCUCGAGCAAAAAGUCUCUCUCAAACUGGUAAUUUUUUGCAAUAGAAAUGUUUGCAAAAGGCUGGAAGUAUUUCCGCUUUCGUCUCACUCCCGCUUUGGCCUUUGUGUCGGUGUUUGUGUUUUUACUAACGUCUCCGACAAAUCAGAGUGCCCUAACCUUGCCGAACGGCUGUACGGAGGUAGCGAUAUAUAUAAAGGACUGGAACGGCGGCAAUGUUAACUCACUAGAUGUGAAGCGCAUGAAUCACUUCAUCACCUGCAUACAGGGCUUGUACGAGAUAUAUGAAAAAACCGACUGGAAAGCUGGUCAAAAGAUGAUUCCCCAAAAUGUGCACGAUCUUGUUCGCAAAAUAUCAAGUCUGACACGAAGUGCCACCUUCAUAGCAGAGGGUAAAGAAAUGGGUUGGGCUGUCCACAUGCUAUACAGAAGCGUUGAUAUGUAUGACCAGGCGAUGAGUUUGGACCUCGACUACCAAUCGCACCGACAAGAGUUUCAGUUGUUGCAGAUGGAACUCAAAGACGUUACGUAUUUUAUAAACAAGGAACUAAUACCACUUAGGGAUCACCCAGGUGGGGCCACUCUAGGACGGAAGACAACCCAUCUCCUGCUUGAUAAGUUGAGUCGCAUCAACGAUGCCCUUGAACAGCUUAUUCGACCUGUCGACAAUAGCUUAAAAGAAAGUGUAAGUAAACGAAGGUGGGCUGGUUUAAGUGGUCUUUUUUCGACGACUGCCUGUGUAGGGGCUUUUGUUUUUGGGAAUGCCCCUGCUGGGUUUGCAUGUGUUGCAACUGUAUUUAAUGUCCUCAGCCUUGCUUCCCUCUCAUCAACCAUGUACAAACUAGAAUGUCUUCUUAUGGACCUGAAAAUAAUGGCCACUGAAAUUGAAGAGUAUCGUACUAUUCUGCAACAGAUGCCAACCUAUUGGGUUUCGGAAUUGUUUUUUACAUGUACCAUUGGUCUAUGGCUUCUGUCUCGGCACAAUGCACAGGUACCCCAGAACUAUCCAGCAAUGGCUGACCUUGAUUGAAAGAGUUUUUAAUCUCCAACGGAAAACUCUGCAAAAUCAGUACAAAUUGCCAAAACUAUGGGCAAUCUCAAUAAAUUCUUAAAACUUCAGUAGACAAGAGACUCUUGUCACUCGAGAACAUAGAAAACAUCAUACCAGGGACCAUAUUUGCUGCACAGAGUACUGGCAAAAUCUGAUGCAGAAUUUAGCAUGAAGAGGAUGGUCAAUCAUAAGAAUGAGAUAUUACUGAGAACACUAACCGACUGAUUUCUUUAAAAGCAAACAUCAACUUGUUGUUAAACACAAAAUUAGCUUGCAUAUUGUACAGAAAAUGAUCUAGUACGUUUUGUAGCAUGCAAAUGUAUAGUAAAAUAGUCCAAAGUGAUUUUCACCUUCAAAUGCUUUCUGAAGAGGAGCCAAAGACUCUUAAAAUAAAAUGUGGAGAGAAAAUGGAAAGAUAUAGAACAAACAGUGGCUUGCAAUAAGAGGCUCGAGGCUCGCAAAAAACGGCUCCGGCUCACAGGCUUCCACAUUAGUUACUCUCAAAGUCCCUAAGGUCCUUGCAGUAAAACCUUUUUUAAGUGGUGAUUCAAGAGGAGGGUUCAAAAUUCAUAAAAUCAGCACCCAGCUGACGCUCUCAAGAGAACGGGCGCUACCGACCCUAUAAUGCCAGACUAUUCAGGGUCCUUUGUGCUCGUUGGAUAUGUAGGGGUAACCAAACCACUGUGGAUUGCACAAGAGAGGUCUGGUACCAAAUGAGAUAUGCUGAAAAUUCCCUAAGCAUUUAAGUAAUAAAAUUCAUCGUCAUCUUUACUAGGAGUUAAGGAAGAAAGGCUGGGGGGGGAUCCCUCACACACAAAUUCAACAUUUUAGCCAAUGGGGAGAGAUAAUGAUAAUAACUCUUCCUCCUCAUUAGAUAUAAUGCUCCUCUCGAUGACAAUUUCUUUUUUAAUUUCAUGCCAAAUUUAAUAACCUCAAGACUCAAGAAAAAAGGGUGUUACAGGAAUUUUGAACCUUACCUACCACAGGUGGAGGAAGAGUCUUUACACAUACCCUCAUCUUCGAUUAACUUACUAUGAGACUCAGAUAACUAUAAAAAUUAUUGUUCAAUUCUGGCAAUCAAUUGUACAUUAAACAGACCUUAAAACUA